AUGAUCACAAUCACCGACCGAGCUCCACAGUCGUUUGACGAGUUGCGAAAUGGCAUCUACCGAGACGUCUUCGAAUUCCACUACCAUUACUUUGCUGUCGGCCACCGGAUCUACAGCAUCAAGAAGUGGCUGCAGCGCGGCGAAAAUACGACACAUGUUUGUUUUGCCAGGAAGAAGAGG